AACGAAAACAGGAAGUAGUGCGCACCAGAAAGUGUGCACCAGUAGACAGAGCGGAUAUAGGGAUCAGUUAAAGAGGAAAAAUGGGGGUUUUUAAAGGUUACAGGUGUGUGUUGUUUUUAUUGCUUUGGAGGAAUUUGAUAUUAGGUGAGAUCUUCGUUCAUGCCGCAGUGGAAACGAGUGAAGAUGAAGAGCUGAAACCGCCUGCUUUUAAGGAAAACAUCUACUUCUCUCCUCUGAGUCUCAGUCUAUCGGCUUCUUUCCCAAAGGAGCUGGAAAUGACUGAUUAUUGCCUGGAACUGAUGCAUGAUUUCGGUCAGAUAUCUGCAAGUUUAACGAGCUGUCUAGUGGUCAAUGCACGUCCAGUUAAAGUGUGCCAGAACUGCUACAGCCUAUAUAACAGCCUUCAGGACAUAUAUACAAACAUAUCAACUGGGAUGGGGCCUGGAAACGAGAGCUGUCAAGAGUCCCUGCUGCACGCUGAUAGGGUGAUGCUUCUGUACAACCUUUACAACAGUUUUGAAAACAUCUGGAACACGGCCGAAUGCAUCAAUUGUCUGUCCUCAGAACAUCUGCGCAGUGUGUCCAAUACCACACUUUACUUCAUCGAUCGACUCAAUCAGUCGCAGACCUGCUUCGAGAAAUACCAGCAGGGAAACCACUCUGAGUUGUGUGUGGAGUGCAGGACCUCGUAUAAAAUCCUCAACGAUCUUUAUAGUGGCAUGUCAAAAAACAAGUCUCUGUGUAUCGACGUGGAGGAUGCGAUGAACACAACACGACGCUUGUGGAGCAAGGACUUCAAGUGCUUGUUAAAGCGUGAAGAGAACGUUCCGGUCAUCGCUGUGUCCAGCUUCAUGCUCUUCCUUCCUCUUAUCUUCUACUUGAGCAACUACCUGCAUUCGGAACAAAAGAAACGCAAGCUCAUACACCCCAAAAGAGCCAAGUCCAGUCACAGUCUGAUGAAUAUCCAAGACAAGUACAGCUGAGGAGGAAGAGGAGGACGAAGAGCAAGCUGUCAUCCUUUACAUUAUCCAAAAAGAGCCUUGCUGCUCUGCUGGAUGUGGGAUGGAUUGUAAAUUAUCCACAGACUUUCUGAUUAUUGUUAGUGUUUGUGAGUAUAUUUUGAAAUACUUAGUCUCUUUUUUUUUUUUUUUCCUCCUUGUUGAUCGACUACUAGGUAAAGAUUUCCUGACUUUUGCCUGUCUAUAGAAGGAUCGCUGACAAGAGCUCUAGGUGCGACUGGUUAUGCCGUCAUCCACGUGCAACCGAGAAAACAUCUCCGUGCCUGCUAAAAGCUUUUAUUAUUUAUUUCUGUCGGCUAGCGGGACUCGUACCUAUAACAUAGCAGCAGUAGCGCUGUGGCAAGCACUUGAUGUCCAUUAGCGAUCCAUUAAUAAAUACAUGGUCGCAUGCGUGGAGUGAAGAGGUAAAAGCAAUGGCUGAAAUGAAAGGAGAAUGCACUAAAGAACUAUGCGGGUCAUGUGAUGCUUUGGCCGAGCCUUUUCUUCUUCUUUUUUUUUUUUGUAUAUGAAGCAAGCAUCUCUACCCUUUUUGCUGCUAAUGUGUUUUUGAGUUACUAUAAGGUCACGAUGUUGCAGUCUGACUGGUUUUCUGAUCAGGAAGAGAAUAGAUAUAGGAGGUGUGUAAAGACUGGAGGAGUUAACUGCGCUGUGUUAUGCUGCACACGAUGGUUUGUUCUCUUUAUGUAUGUCUAAUUUCUUCACCGCUAACGAAUUAAUCACCGACCUAAAUAACGAUUCGAACGGCUUUGCAUGUUUAAUAUGAUUUGUCUUUGCUAAAGGAUUGCAGAAAGCCACUCGUUGUUGUUUUUCAGGUUACUUGGCAUUCAUAGGAAUAUUUUCUCCCCUAAUCUAAAUGUAGGAUAAAGUUACUUGGCCAAAACAACGUGCAGCAACAUAUCCAUUGGCUUUUUGGUCUCCUGGAUGUGUGCCAUUACUUAUCACACUGGCCUUUAAGCGCAUUGCACCUGAUUUGUUCAAUCAUAUGAUUGCUUAGAGCCCCAUUUAAGCAGGUGUGUAAAUAAUCUUUGGUAUACGCGUCAAACGUGUGUUGUACUCAGAAUGGAGGAUUUGAUUUGAUUAAAGCCUCGUGGAUUGAUUUAGUAAGCAGCCUGGAUUUUGUAAACAUGGGCGAAAGUCAUUAUUGCUGACUAACUUCAUCUCAACGUGAUCGAAGGACCAGUGCAUGGCCCGAAUCGACCCCUAAAGAGACGACAAGGGGGAAAUGUGAGAUUAUCCUUCAGUACCUGGGUUAGGAUUAGAGAAGUGACUUUGGACCUUUUAGAACUUGAGAGAAUUACAAAAUGCCUUGUACUCAGCUGGUACUCAUGGAAAGACUCGUGUGUGUUUGUGUGUGUGUGCGCGCGUGCGUGUGUAAGCUUGUUUUUUCCUGAAUAUCUACCCAGGAUUUUUAACAUUCAGUUUUUGUUAUUUAAAUAUGUCAAAUAAUAAAGUACUAAUUCAAA